CCAAGCGCCCCGCCCACUAGUGCUCCCACUGACUUCUCAUAAACUUGGACGCGUCCUGCUUAACGAUGACCAAACGGCACGAAGGAGCGCGAGCGAGACAUCGUGUCGCAGCUGGACACUGUGGAUAGACUGGGUUCGAUUCCUCCUCCUUUAUUUUGGGAAUUUCGGAGAGGGAGAGAGAGAAAGGCUGCCGUAACAACACCUCAGAGGGAAGCAGAUCAGAGGCGUGCUGGAGAAGCUCCCCAAGAUCUCCAGUCCCAGAGGGAAGAUUAUACGCGUGAAGUCAAGAUUCCAAGAUUCCAGAAUUCCAGGAUUCCCGGGAAUGAUCACGCGCAGAGGAAGCGGGACGCAGGACAUGAUCGUCUUAUUGUUUUUCAUGGUGCGCGCUCCCGGCGCACACUGCGCGCUCCCUUCCACCCCGAUGGCCAGCGUGCAUCCUCAGGAUCCGGCCCUUCGGAUCGGCGCCAGCUUGACCGCCACGUGUUCUGUCGGAACGGACCACGGCCUGCACGCCAGCUCGCUCUACUGGACACUGAACGGCCGACGGAUUCCCAGCAACACCUACAGCGUGCUCAGUCCCAGCGUCCUCAGCGUCACGUUGAGCAACCUGAGCGGCUCACGUCAGCAAUCAGGCGACAACCUGGUGUGCCACAGCGGCGGGGGGCAUGUGCUUGCUGGUUCCUGUCUCUACGUAGGCAUGCCGCCUGAGAAGCCAGUGAAUCUUACGUGUUGGUCGAGAAACACAAAAGAUCUCACCUGCAAAUGGGCUCCUGGGGGUCAAGGGGAGACCUUCAUUAAGACCAAAUACACACUCAAAUACAAGCUGAAAUGGUACGGCCAGGAAAAAGAGUGCGAUGACUACAGCGGCGGUCAGCCGUACACGUGUUACAUGCAACGUGACCUCGCCCUCUUCACGCCCUACGAGAUCUGGGUGGAGGCCUCUAACCAGCUCGGGAGCGCCACCUCAGACGUCAUCAAUCUAGAUAUCCUGGACGUGGUGACGACGGAUCCUCCGGCCAACGUGCACGUGAGCCGCGUGGGCGAUCUGGACGAUCAGCUGACCGUACGUUGGGGAACUCCACCUGCUCUCAAAGACUAUCUCUUCCAGGCCAAGUACCAGAUCCGCUACAGGCUUGAAGACAGCACCGAUUGGAAGGUGGUGGAUGACAUGGGGAACCAGACGUCCUGCAGGUUGGCAGGUCUCAGGCCGGGGACCGUUUACUUCGUGCAGGUGCGCUGUAAUCCAGUGGGCAUCCUGGGAUCGAGGAAGGCGGGCAUCUGGAGUGACUGGAGUCAUCCAACAGCAGCGUCAACGCCACACAGUGAGCGCUCACUGGCAGGUUCGUGUGACUCCAAAGCAGCCCGUCAGAACUCGACGCUGCGCCAGGAGCUGAAGCAGUUCUUCAGCUGGGUACGCAAGCGUGUUUCUGACUGCAGUGCCAUGAGCAUCAAACAAUACGACCAGUGGCGUGUCUGGCUGCAAAAGUCUCACAAGACCCGAAACCAGGUUCUUCAAGGAGAUAAAUCAUAGCAACGUCACCCCCUGGCUGCUGGAACAUUGGACAAGAUGGGGGAUAUGGAGGUUGGGGGGGUUGGGGGUUGGAUGGGAGGACAACUAGUUUUCUUUUUCUUGCCAGGCUAGCUGUUAGUCCUGCUGCAGAAAGACUUGAGAAGGAACAACCUGAGAUUUCAAAUCUACUGGACGCUUCACAAAAAAGUGCCUUUCUUCAUCCAUACAGGAAACCAGCCUUGUUAAAAAAUGUUCGAUUGAUACCCAUGACAAAUAUGGAGGAUAUCUUGGACUGAGAUUUGCACAUUUUAUUUUUUUCUGAGGAUGACGUCACACGACUGUACCGUACGUUUUGUUUCUGUGAUAUUAUGACAUCACAGAAGACUGCGAUAUGCAAAUGAGCCCCUCUCACUUCCAGUGCCUUAAAGUUUUAUGAUGAGCCACGCUUACCAAAGAUACCUGUAAACUAAGUGUCGGUGAUAUAGCACGAAUAUUACUGUAUAUCAUGAAAUUUAGGGCGGCAUGGUGGUGUAGUGGUCAGCGCUGUCGCCUCACAGCAAGAAGGUCCGGGUUCGAGCCCCGUGGCCUGCGAGGGCCUUUCUGUGUGGAGUUUGCAUGUUCUCCCCGUGUCCGCGUGGGUUUCCUCCGGGUGCUCCGGUUUCCCCCACAGUCCAAAGACAUGCAGGUUAGGUUAACUGGUGACUCUAAAUUGACCAUAGAUGUGAAUGUGAGUGUGAAUGGUUGUCUGUGUCUAUGUGUCAGCCCUGUGAUGACCUGGCGACUUGUCCAGGGUGUACCCCGCCUUUCGCCCGUAGUCAGCUGGGAUAGGCUCCAGCUUGCCUGCAACCCUGUAGAACAGGAUAAAGCGGCUACAGAUAAUGAGAUGAGAUGAGAUCAUGAAAUUUAAAGAUAUUUUUACACUAAACUUUAAAACGUACCAUUCCAACUCUUGCACCUUUUUUUUUAAAGGUACACUUUAUCCACGUUUCCAAAAAAAAAUUGGUACAACAAUUACAUUUCAACAUCGUCAGCUACUUGUUACUAUGUAACUACUGACGUUAUUCUAGUAAAUGAUGUAUCUUCUCAUAUCACGCAGCCCUGUGAUCAAAUAUUAAUGACUGUUCCAGGUUUGUUCAGCCGUUUCUGUGCAUUUUGACAGGAAUACCUCACAGGUUGCAAUAUGUAGAUGACCUCAUGUAUCCAUGUUUUAAUAAGUAAAAAAAAAAAAGUUUUCAUUUCAACUAAAUGUAGUAUUUCGUCCAUAUUGUUCAACCCAACUCAAAAAACAUGUAAAAAACAAAGCAAAAAACAUUUCAUUCACAGCAACCACUAUUUUUUUUUUUCCGAGAAUAUUAUGUCUUGAAUUUUAUACUUUGUGCUGAUGUUUUUCCCCACAACCACGAACCACCUUUUGUCACCAUUCUGGACUAAAAGAUAAGAGAAAUUUCUCUUGUCAUAAUUAGACCAUUAAAACACUUCUACUUCUGUCGCAGCAGGACUCAAGAUAAACAUUGCAACAUUGCAAAGUUUACAAUUGCAAGAUGCCGAGGCCGGGACUGACUGGGUCACCAUUCUGUUUAUUCAGCAGUGGAUUAAUCCUCUCACUCUUUUCGCCUUUGUGGCUGGAAUUCCAAAAAUAAAAAAUAAAAAAAAACACAAAACCAAAAAAAAAAAAAAAAAAAAGAAAACCUUGCAAUCGAACUCUGCGGCAUCGAGACUGUUAGUAAAUAAUUGUAUGUAUGUUUGUACAAUUGUACUGCUUUUUAUUUUUGUACUGAAUUGUAUCAGCGUAUUUAAAAAAAAGUGUAAAGUUUCUGGCUCUUAAGUUAUAAGUAGGUAGUUUGUAAUAUGACUGACUGAAUUAUU